AUGUCUUCUUCAGUCGACUUUACGCCAUCUCCACGUCCGCGGUCCCCAACACCGGCAGCCUCAAAUCGACCCCCCAUCAAUCAGCUCAAGUACUCCUUUGCUUCAUUUUCUUCACCCGCCAACACGCCGCCUGCGCCCAACUCCCCAUCGCCAAGCGAUGUCGCCUUCCGGCUACAAUUGUUUCCUCAUGAUUUGCUUUAUUCUCGUCAGAAUCAAUCUAUGGCGAAUUCUGGGCGAGAACCCCAUUGCACCGAUCUCACCUGCUUGGCGAGUGAGCUAACCUCGUGGGUGCUAGAGUCUGCCUUAGCAUUCUUAAACCGAAAUUCCGGCCAUGGACUGGCCGGUGACGGAUUAUGUACAGAUCCUAAGGCAUAUUUAGCAGACGUGGAAGAUGGUAUCGUUUCAAAGUUACAAGUAGCCCAGGCUGUCGGUUUUCAAGACCGCGAAUCGGAGGCCAUAUCGGUCAUAAGUGAGGAAGAGCUGAAUUGGACACAUUCCUGCUCUUCUAGCGUGCCCUGUCUUUCAGAACCUCUGCACGACACAGGAGAGGGCGCUUUAGUUUCACACGUUGCCGCUCAACUUGUAGAUAAUGCAAUCACUGCCGCCAUUUCUUUGCUUAAUUCGCCGAACGGUGAUUUUUGUUUGCAUGAUGCUCACAUUGUCGCUUCCUCGAAAUCUCUCGACUCACUGCAAGUGUUGGCUCAGCAUCUGGUUGAGUGUGCACUUCACUGGGCAUUUGCUGCCGAAGGUCUGGCUGCAGACAAAGGCUCUUGGAGGAGUCAAUCUACACUUGAUAUUGACGGCAUAGAGAAAGGCGAACGGAGCCGGACCGAAGAACCGGGCGGAUUUGAUUCCACCCAGUCACUGGCGUUGAUCACUUCUUCAUACACCUCAACUGUCGUUUCCACUGACCCUGCUGGUUCAUUAGCCGCUUUGUACAUUGCUUCUGAGUUGGCCAACGAUCCUGAAGGCUCCAUCUUUGCUGCUACAGACAAUUCUUGUGCAACACAAUCGAAAGAAUUUUCUAUUGACAAGGCAGCCAAAUCGCUAGGCAUCCAAGACUUUCGGACUCACCCCGGAUCCACACUUGUAAAUCGCUCGUCCACAGGGCAUCACUGUUGUCCAGGACAUCGGACACUAGCCCCAACCCACGCCUCCAAUGAACCAAAUUACCCCAACAGUCCACCACAAUUACGUCUGGCUCGGCCACCAUCACCUGCUAUGCAGCGCCGAGGGCGGCCUUCUGCUCGAGGUCGAAUCUCGCCCGCACACGCUAGCAGUUGUCUCAAUCAUGACGAGAGCACACAAGUUAUGUACCAGUGGAGACAACCGAUGAAAAGGCUUGAAAUCACAAGUAGAAGCCUCAGUAGCAGCUUGGCCUCCUCUCCCUCUGAAUCGGCCUCCUCGCUUAUCUUAUCUUCGGUCACUUCUUCCCUUUCAACACCCACUUUUAGCUAUUCCCCAUCUUCCACAUCAUCUUCACCAUCUUCAGGUGAUCGUCUUGCUGAUUUGGAGGUUGUUAAGGAUACUGGGAGUGACACAGAGGCCCUUAUGUGUUAUCAGGUUUGCUGUUGCAUCACAUUGCUCUACUCGGUCUUCCUCUGCAUGCUUAUUCGUUUCUUUUCAAUGCCCACUUUAUGCACGUAUGCUCAUAUUUUCUACUCCGCGUUUCAUAAUGUAAUUAGUGGAUAG